CCCGCAAGCUGUUCGUGUCUGUGAGUUCAGGAUCCUAAAACUCAAGUAAUAUUAAAGCACAUUAUCAAAGCAGAGAAGCCAAAUCAAGAUGGAGUGCGGUUGGAAACCAGAUGAACAAGGACUUCAACAGAUUUUACAACUUCUCAAGGAGUCUCAGUCACCUGAUACAACCACACAAAGAUCCGUCCAACAAAAACUUGAACAGCUCAAUCAAUUUCCAGACUUCAACAACUAUUUGAUAUUUGUCUUGACAAAGUUAAAAUCUGAAGAUGAACCCACUCGUUCUCUAAGCGGGCUUAUUCUGAAGAACAAUGUGAAGGCUCACUACCAGAGUUUCCCCAAUGGAGUUUCUGACUUCAUCAAGAAUGAGUGUCUUCAGAACAUUGGAGACUCCUCACCCUUAAUUAGAGCCACUGUGGGUAUUCUCAUCACUACUAUAGCCUCUAAAGGAGAGCUGCAGAACUGGCCAGAGCUACUGCCUAAACUCUGUCUUCUCCUGGACUCAGAGGACUACAACACCUGCGAGGGGGCGUUUGGGGCUCUUCAGAAGAUCUGCGAGGACUCUGCGGAGAUCCUGGACAGUGACAUGCUGGAUCGGCCUCUCAAUGUCAUGAUCCCCAAAUUUCUGCAGUUCUUUAAGCACAGCAGCCCCAAAAUCAGGUCUCAUGCUAUCGCCUGUGUGAACCAGUUCAUCAUCAGCAGGACUCAAGCACUGAUGCUACACAUAGACCCUUUCAUUGAGAACCUGUUUGCGUUGGCUGGCGAUGAAGAACCAGAGGUGAGGAAGAACGUUUGCCGAGCCCUCGUCAUGCUCCUGGAGGUCCGAAUGGACCGGUUACUGCCUCACAUGCAUAACAUUGUCGAGUACAUGCUCCAACGCACACAAGACCAGGACGAGAACGUGGCUCUGGAGGCGUGUGAAUUCUGGCUAACGCUCGCAGAACAGCCUGUGUGUAAAGACGUACUGUGUGGACACCUGGCAAAAUUAACCCCUGUUCUGGUCAAUGGGAUGAAGUACUCUGAGAUUGACAUCAUUCUGCUCAAGGGUGAUGUUGAGGAGGACGAGGCCAUCCCGGAUAACGAGCAGGAUAUCCGGCCACGCUUCCAUCGGUCCCGCACGGUGGCCCAGCAACACGAAGCCGAUGGCAUCGAGGAUGAAGACGAGGAUGAUGAGGAUGAUCUGGACGAUGAUGAUACCAUCUCAGAUUGGAACCUUAGGAAGUGUUCUGCAGCAGCAUUGGAUGUCCUAGCCAAUGUGUUCCGUGACGACCUGCUGCUUCACCUUCUCCCCUUGCUGAAAGAGCUGCUCUUUCACCCCGACUGGGUUGUCAAGGAGUCAGGCAUACUUGUACUGGGAGCCAUUGCAGAGGGUUGUAUGCAGGGUAUGAUCCCGUACUUGCCUGAGUUGAUUCCUCACCUGGUCCAGGGUCUGUCAGAUAAGAAGGCUCUGGUUCGGUCCAUUGCGUGUUGGACUCUCAGUCGCUAUGCUCACUGGGUGGUGAGUCAGCCGCCCGACUCCUACCUCAAACCACUCAUGACUGAGCUGCUCAAACGGAUCCUGGACAGUAACAAACGCGUGCAAGAGGCUGCAUGCAGUGCCUUUGCUACUCUGGAGGAGGAAGCAUGCACUGAGCUGGUGCCAUACCUGGCCUAUAUUCUGGACACAUUGGUAUUUGCCUUCAGUAAAUACCAACACAAGAAUCUGCUCAUUCUCUACGAUGCCAUUGGCACACUGGCCGACUCUGUGGGCCAUCAUCUCAACAAACCGGAAUACAUACAGAUGUUGAUGCCUCCGUUGAUUCAGAAGUGGAAUCAGCUGAAAGACGAGGAUAAAGAUCUUUUCCCUCUACUGGAGUGUUUAUCCUCAGUGGCCACAGCACUGCAGAGUGGUUUCCUGCCCUACUGUGAACCUGUCUACCAGCGCUGUGUCAACCUCGUCCAGAAGACUCUGGCACAGGCCAUGCUCCACCACUCCCAGCCAGAUCAGUAUGAAGCUCCUGAUAAAGAUUUUAUGAUUGUUGCUCUGGAUCUGCUGAGUGGACUGGCUGAAGGUCUGGGAGGAAACAUAGAACAGCUGGUUGCCCGUAGCAAUAUUCUAACACUUAUGUACCAGUGCAUGCAGGAUAAAAUGCCUGAGGUUCGCCAGAGUUCGUUCGCCCUGUUAGGAGAUCUAACCAAAGCUUGUUUCCAGCAUGUGAAGCCUUGCAUUGCGGAUUUCAUGCCCAUACUGGGCACUAACCUGAAUCCAGAGCUGAUCUCAGUCUGUAAUAAUGCUACAUGGGCCAUUGGUGAAAUCUCCAUUCAAAUGGGCUCUGAGAUGCAGCCCUAUGUCUCCAUGGUUUUGCACCAACUGGUAGAAAUUAUAAACAGACCCAACACACCCAAGACCCUGUUGGAGAACACAGCAAUAACAAUUGGUCGUCUUGGUUACGUUUGUCCUCAAGAGGUGGCACCCAUGCUACAGCAGUUUAUAAGACCCUGGUGCACCUCUCUACGCAACAUAAGAGACAAUGAGGAGAAAGACUCAGCCUUCCGAGGAAUCUGCACCAUGAUCACAGUCAACCCCGGCGGAGUGGUGCAGGACUUUAUUUUUUUCUGUGAUGCUGUGGCAUCAUGGGUCAAUCCAAAAGAUGAUCUGCGGGACAUGUUCUAUAAGAUCUUACAUGGCUUUAAGAACCAGGUUGGAGAGGAGAACUGGAGGCGGUUUUCCGACCAGUUUCCACUGCCACUGAAGGAAAGACUCGCUGCUUUCUAUGGAGUUUAGCUGUUCCCACUUCAUCAGACCUGUUUUAGUAGGUCUUUCUGUAUGGGAGAUGAAUGGGAACCUCUUAUGCCCAGGGAACAUGUAACCCUUUAUUGGGGGGGAAGGGUGGUCUAUCUGGGGUGGGGGUUGGCCCCCAAAACCCCUCUGGUUGGGGUGGGAGGGAGGUGUUAGCCAUGGCGCUAAACGACAAAAAUAUGCUGGAUAGAGAAAAAACAUCAAGCGUCAGGCCAACUAAAGGAGGGAAGAAAACUUUUCACAUCACAAUCAGAUAAACAGACGCAAACAUACGGAGAAUGCUGUUAUUCGUGUUUGUAUUUGUCCUUCCAAUGUCUAGGACACUAACUAGGAAUGGAAAUUAGGGGUUAGAGAAGGAAGACAUCACCUAGCCUACUUCUGUUAAAUUGUUAAGUUGACGUCUAGGGAAAGUGAUCAGCAAGGAUUUUCCAUUCUCAGAGUUCAAUGAAGCUUUAAAUCCGUGUACG